CGGCCACCAACGCCUCUCGCAGGGAGGAUUAGAACAGAAACACACGGCUACCGGAAGUUUGGAGAAAGAGACGUAAAGACGGCCGCCGGGUUUCAACGCAUGCGUAGUGGCGGCGGAACUAGAGGAGGCUGAAGCUGCCUGGAAGAGGGCUAGUAUUUUACCGAGUCGCUGCUGAAUGCCUGUACAGCAUAUCCAGAAAUGACUUCCUUGGGAACCAGCAGCCAGGCGGCAACUGAAUAUGUGGUGCGUGUUCCCAAAAAUACCUCCAAAAAAUAUAAUAUUAUGGCCUUCAAUGCUGCCGACAAAGUCAACUUUGCCACUUGGCACCAGGCAAAGAUGGAGCGAGAUCUCAGCAAUAAGAAGAUCUACCAGGAAGAAGAAAUGCCUGAAUCAGGAGCUGGGAGUGAGUUCAACCGCAAGCUACGAGAAGAGGCACGGCGGAAGAAAUAUGGUAUCAUCUUAAAGGAGUUCAAGCCAGAAGACCAGCCCUGGAUCCUGAAAGUCAACGGCAAAGCUGGACGCAAGUUCAAAGGUGUGAAAAAGGGUGGCGUGACAGAAAACACAUCUUACUACAUCUUCACUCAGUGUCCAGAUGGUGCCUUUGAAGCCUUUCCAGUUAAUAACUGGUAUAACUUUACUCCCAUUGCCAAGCACCGUACAUUGACGGCAGAGGAAGCUGAGGAGGAAUGGGAGAGACGGAACAAAGUGCUGAACCAUUUUAGCAUCAUGCAACAGCGGCGGCUGAAGGACCAAGGGGAAGAGGAAGAGGAGGAGAAAGAGAAGAAAGGCAAAAAGAAAGGAAGUGAUUUGAAAAUCCAUGAUUUGGAAGAUGAUCUGGAAAUGAGCUCAGAUGACAGCGAAUUCAGUGAUGCUGAUGGUGAAAAGCCAACUAAACCCAAGAAGAAAGCCCCUCUCACCAAGAAGAAGAAGAAAAAGAAGGGAUCUGAUGAUGAAGCCUUCGAAGACAGUGAUGAUGGGGACUUUGAGGGUCAGGAGGUGGACUAUAUGUCUGAUGGCUCUAGUAGCUCAGUAGAGGAAGUGGUGGGAAAGCCCAAGACGACCAAUGAAGAAGACAUCCCCAAAGGUAUAGAUGAAGCAAGCGAAAGUAGUGAAGAGAGCGAGGAGGAAAAGCCUGCAGAAGAAAAAGAAGAGGAAGAGGAGGAGAAGAAGGUCCCCACUCCACAGGACAAGAAGAAGAAGAAAGAUAGCAGUGAUGAAUCUGAGACAUCUGAGGACAGCGACAUUGACAGCGAAGCCUCUUCAGCACUCUUUAUGACGAAAAAGAAGACCCCUCCCAAGAAGGAGCGCAAGGGCUCUGCUAGCAGCUCACAAGGGAACAGCCGCCCAGGGACUCCCUUGGUGGAUGCCAGCAGCACCUCUUCCACAUUGCGGGCUGCAGCCAACAAACUGGAGCAAGGUAAGCGGCAAGGAGGUUCUGGUGAGUUCCCUGCUGCCAAACGGCUGAAACUGGAAAGUGGAAACCAGGCUGCUACAACCUCUGGGAAAUCUACCCCCCAACCACAGUCGGGCAAGUCAACUCCCAACAGUGGUGAUGUACAGCUGACAGAAGAUGCUGUCCGCCGUUACUUGACCCGCAAACCCAUGACUACCAAGGAUCUCCUGAAGAAGUUCCAAACCAAGAAGACAGGGCUAAGCAGUGACCAGACAGUCAACGUUUUGGCCCAGAUACUUAAGCGUCUCAACCCCGAGCGCAAGAACAUCAAUGAUAAGAUGCACUUUUUCCUCAAAGAGUGAGAAGGGUUGACACUUGAGUCCAAAUACAAACUGGCCUUUAGCUCCUGCCGUCUGCCCAGGCAGCUCUCAGUCCCUUGUGUCUGCCUGGAAGCUGUGGGUCUAGGAACAAAGCCUGUGAGUCCUCUCGAGGCUGUGUGCAGUGGACGGUCAGGAUAUUGACUGAGCCUAUAGUGGGGUCUGAAAAACAUGGCCUCUUUGACUGGAGGAUAAUUUUCAGAACACAGAAAUGACAUACUACCAUUUUUAGAAAUAAAUACGAAGAUGUCUUUUAUAA